AUCAAACAAAUAUGAAAGCAGCGCAAUUAGAACUGCUGCCAAUCUCUGAUGAUGAAGCAAAAGCAUACAAGAAUGCCGGAAUACAGGAUGUAGGACAAUUGCUACAGAAAUCGGAGAAAGAAUUGAAUGCACUCUUCAAUCGAGUUUCAAGCGAAGAAAGAAUAGCAUACAUCACCUCGGCAGCACAUGCUAUUCAAGCACCAAAUGCAGUGAGCGCUUUGGAUCUAUUGGAAAAGGAACAAAAUCGGACACAAGAUGACAGGGCUUACCCUACUGAGCAGUGGAGGUCCACCGGAGAUAAACACAUCGACCAGCUUCUUGGAGGAGGACUACGAGAGGGCGCAUUGACAGAGAUAUCGGGAAGGUUUGCCACCGGAAAGACGCAAAUCAUCCUCCAAUCUGCAAUCUUUACCGCCUUAGCGUUGACCACGGCAAUACAUGCGACAGAGACAACACCAGCACAAGAGGAAAGAGAAGACAGCUUGCUCAAUAUGAUACAAGGUGUGGGAAUCCGACCCGCUGACCAACAAAGGUCCGUGGUCUUGAUCACUUUUGAUGGCCAGGCAGAACAAGCGACCUUGGUUUGGAGAAUGCAGCAAAUGUGCGAUGCAAUGAUUGAAGAAAGGUAUCUUAUGGCAGAGCAAGUUCGUAAAGCAAGGGAGCAAGAAGCACAAAAACACAUUCAAAUCCAGCAAGGCGAUACUCGAAAGCCAAAAAGACGAAAAGGUGCAUUUGCUUCCAGUGAAAAAAGAUGCUACACCUUGCAAGAGGCACAAGAAGCAGCUAGAACAACUCUUUUGCAGAAUGUGAACCUGGAUAGUCCACUUUUGUAUAACAUGCUAAACUAUACCAUCACGGACAGGAUACCUGCCUUGAUUGAAGAUAUCACAAGCAAAAAGUUAUCGCCUUUGGGUCUCAUAGUAUUAGACGAUCUGACGAGAGUAAUCAAUGAAGGUGCAGAUCUAAUACGUGGUUUGUACAAUGGGCCAGUGGCGGUGGCCCGAUCGCAGAUAGGUUGCGAAUUGAGCGAUAACCUCAAAAGGCUUGCUAUGAUGGACCAGAAAAAUCCUUCAGCUGUUAUGGUUGUCAAUCAUGUGAUAGACCCGCAAGAUCGACAUAAAGAGGCAAUACGUACAUGGCUGGAAUCCAGAAUUGAUGAAGUGACUUCUUCCACUCAAAAGAGUGCGUCUGUUGAUAACACACAGAAGCAGCCAACUUUCAAACCCCAACCGACUCCCAAAGGCCAAGAUGCAUUUCUCAGUCUUCCUUUUCAAGAGCUUCAAUUUGCUGGCAUUAUGGCAAAUUUGGGAGAUAUAAGAAUGAACAAGUAUUCCAAAUCAUCUAAAGCUGAACUGAUAGAAGACUUCAUGUCAGACACGCAGAUGGCAUCUAUGGGAUUGAAUUGGGUGAACGGGAUCAAUGUUCGAGUGAUGCUUUCGGUAAGCCCACAGAAAAUCCCUCUUCCUCGUCAUCAACACUUUCGACUUGCCGAUUCAAAUCUGCCGGGAAAGCAUUUGUUUGGUAUUAGAAAGGCUACGGUUGUCUUGAAUCCAUUCGCACCAAUUCAAAUUGGGCCACAAAGCAGCGUUGACUACAUCAUCUGCCCUAGUGGCGUUCAUUCACUCAAGACUCUUGGCAUGGACUCAGAAGAGAGCGUAAUAGAGCCAGUCAACGAAGAUAGAGAAGAUGAAGAGAACCUGUGGAAGUCUGUUGGAGACGACUACGGUCUAAAUGAGGCUGAAUGGGAUGCCCAAAUGGUGGCAGCGACACAAAGGAUAGAAGAGGAACACGCAAUGAGACGAAAUACUACUACGGAUUCAUUUGUAUAUUAGAGCAUCAUUGUUGUUUCUGUCAUAAUUGUAACAUAAUCAUCUCGUAAGCCAAGCGCCUGCAUCUUUGAAGCUUUGGAUCACCUCCUUGACUGUAUCUUCGUCAAAUUUCUCUUUUGCUUUCCAUCCAAGAAUCUUUUCCGCCUUUGUUGGAUCAAGCGCUUCAGCCUUCUGGGCAAGAUCUUGAGUGCCAAGAUAACAUGUGUGUGGGGUAUAUCUGAUCGGGGGAUCUUGAUUGGGAUAUAUUUCAGCUACUGCUUCUGUAUGCUUCUCAUUUGCUUCGUCCACUACGCUAUUCAAGUUCAACUUAGCCCAUGCAUUGAUUGCAGCAUUGGUAAAGCCAGUCUGAAUAUCAAAUACUUUUCCGAUCA